AUGAUUGAGGCAACGGGAAAGGUCGAGUAUAGCAAGUCGAAGACGAUUCCCUGUGAUGGCAGCAAUGAUGAUGAUGAGGAGGAGGCUAGUAAUUACCUGCCCGUGAAGUAUGAAAAAACGCUGGACUUGGAAGAGGGGAAUGAGACGAGUAACACCCUGGAGGGUACGGAAAAGAAGUGCCAAGCCGAUGAGCUGAGCGGCUCCCCAAAGGGGGCCAAGUCGAAGGGUGCAAAGGGGGUGAAGAGCGGGAAGAGCGAAAAUAACGUGAAUGCCGCGAAUAAUGUGAAGGGCGACGCAGCGAUAGAGUCCCCCAAAACAGGCACCCUUGAUGACGGCGCCAUGGAGACAGUCAGUGUAGAAGGCACCCCUUUUACUCUGAUCGCCAACGUGGGUAUGAAAAAAGCGUUGCAUGAAAAUGCCCCGGCAAAUUCGAAUCAAGCGGGAAAAGGAGGACUCUCCCAAAAUUCGGACCACUUGGAGGAAGAUAGAGACAACAUGUGCAUGGUGAGGAUGGACACCGAGGUUGCAUCGAAUGGUAACAUGUACAGCAGGAAUAAUGUCUCCAGUACGAAGUAUUAUGACACCAUCGGGGGGAGCGGCACAGGUAGCAGCGGGGACAGCAGGGAUAACGCAGAGAGCGGUUAUCCCAAGGGAUUCUCCUCCGUUCAGGGAAAAAAAGGCGAAGAUGGUUGUUCCCCCUACGGAGUUGACGGUGAUGAGAUGAAGUACAGCGUGGCAGAGGCGUCAAAAGGGGCCCUAAGCGAGGACGCAUUUGCAGUGGAUUGCAGCAACAUGCCAACAGAGGAGAAGGAAAUAUUCGCGAAAAUGAUAGAACAGCAGACGAAGAAUAAGAAUAGUAUUAAUGGUGGCCAUAAAAAUGGCGCAAAAGAAAGCGAGCCAUUCUGCAUGACCACCGGAAAUUUUUCCGUCCCGGGUAAGGACAACACGGAUUAUACCAAUGCGUAUGUGCAUGGAAAGGAAAACAGCAGCAGUGAAGUCGCGUCGUACAAUCAUGCCGAUGGUAGUGUGUGUGAAAAGGAAGGCGUACCCGUACCCACCUCCUAUUCGCAUAGUAAGGACAACCAGACGGCAGGCACGAAUUAUUGCAUUGAUGGUACAGUCGCUAACGGGGAAGGGCACUGUGGAGGUGGCCAUCAUCCCCAGGAUGAGGACAAGUGCAGCACGGAAGACGUAGUCUACAUGGGAAUGCAAACGAGUGGAAGUAAAGCACAGGAGUAUGAAGCGGUUAGUAAAGACUCCCCCCCGUACGUACAGAAGGAACAUUUAAAGACCAUUGCAUGUCAUCAUGACAUUUUCAACGAUAUAGAAAAUGUGAAUGAUAGCACCACAGAGUGUUCCUCGUCUGUGAAGGACAUCCCCCAAUUGGUUGCUAACCAUCCGGGAGUCCAUUCAAAUAGGGUAAGCGACAAGGAAGGUGUCUCCAUCACGUCGGGGCACUUUACUUCCUACACUGAUGCUAACAGUUUGGAGUUUAAAAAUUCUUCGGCAGCGAAAGAUGGUUCCCAUUUGGAAAAGGAAAAAGAGUUAAUUUGUGACAACUUGGGUUACAGUCCUGUGGUGAGUAAUGCCGCUAACACUGAUGAAGGGAAGGAGGAGGGAGAAAAAAACGCGUUUGCUGAUUUUGGCGAUGAGCCGAACAAGGGUGGGAUGGGUCACUACUUGGCAGCAGGUCAUACUAAUAAAUCUCUUUGCUCGCCAGGCGCGAGUGACAGCACGCUGGAGAAGAAGUGUGUGGUGAGUGAGAAGAAGGGGCAGGGAGGCCCGAUUAGCAUCCAUGUUAGCACUCCUGCUGGUGGUCUGACUAACGGUACCAAUGUUAACAGCGGGAGUCGAAAUUACAACACCAGCAAGAGGGACGCCCUCCACGGGGAAGCGCGCACCCCAAACGAGGCACUGUACAAGAAGAAGAAUUUUUACUCUGGGAAGGAAGUAGACAACAUGAAGAAGAAGAACGAAACGACACUGAGAAAAAGCCAACUACUUGAGUAUUCCAAAAAUGAAAAUGAAGAAUCUUUGGAGGAUUAUUUUAAGAGCACAAUUCCGGAUAACCUUUUGAGGAACAUAAAGUAUGAGAACCCAACGAAUACGUUUAAUGACAUGGUUAGCAACAGUGCUCAUUACGAUUUGACUAGCGAAUUGAGGAAGAACAAUCCACCGAGCACGUAUUAUGGAUCUGGGCGCAGUAGGGACAUGGGAGAGAAGAAAAGUGCAGAGGCGAUGAACAACUCGGGAGCGGCUGUUCCGGGCAUGAGUCUUAGAAGCAGAGGAGGAGUUGCGGCCGCAGCUGCAGCUGGAGUUGCGGCGGUGACGACAGCUGUUGGGGGGAGAGAUGCAUACCAUGUGCAAGCAGACAAAGGAGUGGAUGCCCGGGAAGAUUCCCAGAUAGCGCGCAAGCAGAACAACGGUAGUUACAACUACAUGGGGAAUACUAACUACAACGGGGGUGGUUACAAUGGGGGUGGCUAUAAUGGGGGUGGCUACAACGGGGGUGGCUACAACGGGAGCGGCUACAACGGGAGCGGAUACAAAAGUUACUACAAUGCGGAGAAGGACUCCGGAAUGGUAAACAGAAGCACGAGAGUGUGCAAUGAACCGGAAUCGAAUUAUGCGUCUGGGAAGAGGUACUACUUGUUGCCGCCCAAAAAAUGUGAAGGCGCGAAGGAACAGAAGAACCAAAUGCUAAUGAUUUCGAAGCAAAAAAUUAAGAAAAUAUGGAACAAGUUUAAGAGCAGCGCAUCUAAAGAGCAGAACCUGAUUCCGACGUUCGAGAAUGAACACAAUUUGUUCCCCAACAUGGAGGUUCUGCACGGACCCAAGAUGCACGCGCAGGGGCCUCCCCAGAUGGGCACCCAAAUGGGAGGCACACAAAUGAACGCGCAGAUGAGCGCGCAGAUGAACUCGCAGAUAAACGCGCAAAUAAACGCGCAGGUGACGCCGCAGAUGCAGGCCCAAUUGGGUGUACCCAUGCACCCGCAGGUGCCGUCUCCACUGCACACGCAACUGCCGGGACAGAUGCACAGCGAAUUCUACGGCGUGUCGGGUCCCUUCCAGACGUGCAGCCAAGGGGGAGGAGCAGGGGGAGUCGCCGUGAGUGGAGGUCCUAUGAUGAGUCCUUUCAAGGAGUGCAUAAGCAAGCCCAUACGGCGAGGCAGCAAUGUGAUAGAGAAACAAAUAAAGGCCAAAUGUAUCUUCAACUGGAAAUUGGCCCAGAAGUCGCUUCUGAAAAUGUUGCAUAGUGCACAUAACUACCAUUUUAACGGAGUGGAAUACGCAGAUUGGCAAUUGACCUGCAUCCCGACUUUAGGUUUUUCCAAGUCUAGUAACCGAGUGCAGCAGAUGUACAAAGCAGUGAUCCCUUCAAACGAUGCGAACAAUAAGAAUGAGGUGAAACUGUUCCUGAAGAAGGUCCCCAUAUACAUAUGGAUCAAGCAAUACAACUUAAUGAGUGAAUACGAUGGAGAGUACGUAACAGAUGGAGAGAACUUUGUGAUGGAGGCCACUUCUUUAGCCUUCCUUAAUGAGUAUCACCCAGGAAUAACACCCAAGUUGCAUCGAAUUUUGUACGAACCGGAUGGGAAGCAACCAAAUGAACACAACAUCCCACCUAAGUCCAUGUUCAACAGUCUAACCUUAUUUAAUGACAUUCUAACGGAGAGAUUAAAAUGUAACAUAAGUGGCAACAUCGUUAUUGUCUCCGAGUUCUUCAGUGAGGAUAUCCUAGAUUUUAUCGAUCGAAGACAGAAGAAAUUAAAUAUGAAAAUUAAUAACAAUGAGAAGAGUUACAUUUUGUACCAAUGUUUGAAAUUACUAAUAAGAUUGCAUGAUGCAGGUUUAUCUCACUUAGAUUUGACUCCAGAAAAUAUUUUAAUUUCGGACAGUUACGAGAUGCGUUUGUGUGACUUGUCUAAGAGUACUCCAAUAUAUACAUACAAUUUGAGACACAUAAAGGAUGUGAAUCGGUUGUAUUUAUUUGAGUCGUGUGAACCUACCAUUGCCAAGGGAGCUUAUAUGCCUCCCGAGUGUUGGAAGAUAUAUUGGAAAUAUGACACGAUGAAGAUUAAGAACCCGUUGAAGGAUUUAAAGAAUAUCACCGAUCAGGAGAAACGGAAGCAGUUUUACUUUGACGUGUCUAGUGCGGAUAAGUUUAUGUUGGGUGUCUUUUUUUUUUGGAUAUGGACCAAUGGGAACUUGUGGAAAUGCUCCGACCCUCUGCAGGACGAGGACUUCUUCUACUUUGUCAAGUGCGACAUGAACUUUGACAAGUUCGAGUUGACUCGCAAGUGGCCGAGCGAUUUGAAGAACAUCAUCAAGCAACUGCUACACGUGGAGCAUAGGAAGAAGCUGAACCUGAAGGAUCUGAGCAUGCACCCCUGGUGGUCCUGCAAGUUGCAGUGA